AUGGAAAACCACGUGGGCGAGAGGACGGUGAACAUCUUCGGGAAGGUGUUCCCGCGGGACGCCUUCAUGUGUCGCCUAUUCUACCUAUCGUUUUUCGCCAGCUUCGGAAGUCUUUUCCCUCUUCUAGCAGUCUAUUUCAAGCAGUUGGGAAUGACGGCGGCGCAGGCCGGCUUCCUAAUCGGUUCGAGACCCAUCGUCGAAUUCCUUUCGGGACCAUUCUGGAGUCAGUUUGCCAGCCGAUUCAGAAAACAAAAGCUUCUUCUAUUAUUCUCCCUCGGCUCACUAGUACUCUUCACUCUCGGAAUCGGACUGGUCCAACCAGUUACCCCGUACUGUAUAGUUUAUGUGCCAGAAGGCAACAAAACAUGUCAAACAAUGUUGGCUCCAGCCGGAAAAAUCGUUCGAGGCGGAGCACUCGGAAUGCUCAAAGAGACACUUGUCGGAGGGUCGACGAAGCCGGCAAGACAUCGGAGACAGACUCAGAAUCCUGUCAUCGACAAAAUCAUUGAUCUCAGUUCGUUCGACAGUGAAGAGGAUACUGUAGCCGGAAUCGCACCGGAGUAUAUUACAAGGGAUAGAGUCUGUAACUACAACGAAGAGAACUACGGAAUCCUCGUCUCGCCACCCCACUCCACCCGUGUCUAUCGUCAACCAGCCGUCGAACAAUCCUUCAUGCUCCUCCUCAUUCUCAUUUGUCUCUGUGAAUUCUUCUCCUCACCCGCUCUCCCUCUAGCCGACGCGGCAACUCUUCACGCAGUCCGUGACAACCCGGCAGAAUUCGGAAAGAUUCGAUUGAUGGCGUCAGUUGGAUGGGGUCUGGCUAUGUUCAUAAUGGGUAUCGCUCUCGAUUACUCUGACACUUUCCGAAAUCAUCCAUGUCCGGCUGAGAAUACAACUGAGAAGAAUUACACGUUAUGCUUCGUCAUGUGUGUGAUAUUCAUGUUGGCUGCGAUGGGAUUGGCGAGUAAAUUCAAAUUCGACGAUGAUGUUCCCGCUCCCGGAGAAGUACAUGGACUGGUUAUGGAUACGAGAGAAGCCGAGGUUUCUCAUGUCGUUGCGGAGAAAGCGAGAGCAAGGGUUACACAGUCCGAAGGUGGUGGUGGAAGUGAGAACAGUCUUCUCCUUGCAAUGAAGGCUCUCGCCAGUAUGCACAUCCUUCUAUUCUUCGUCUCAGUAGUCGUGAUGGGCGGUGGCGCCGGACUCGUCUUCAGUUUCCUCUACUGGCAUCUUCAAGAUAUCGGCGGCUCGCCGGUCCUCUUCGGUAUCCUUUCAGUCGUCAAUCACGCUUCGGAGAUCAUCACUUAUUUCUAUGUCUUCAAACUUAUUAAUAAGUACGGUCACGUCCGCGUCAUGUAUUUAUGCCUCGCUGUCAACUUCUUCCGUUUCAUGGCUCUCUCGAUUCUUGACAACCCAUGGAUGGUGCUCCCUCUUCAGGUUUUGCAAGGUGCCUGCUUGGCGACCGUCUGGUCUUGUGCCUCUUCAUACAUCUCACUCGUCGCACCACCUCACGCCAAACAACACGCUCAAUACGCUCUUCAAGUCGGCUACCACGGAAUCGGAAAAGGAAUCGGCUCAAUCGUCGGGGGCUCCGUGAUCUCGGUUAUCGGAUCACGUACCACAUUCGUCAUCUAUGCAUUGAUCUGUUUGGUGACUUGUGCUGGAACUUUCGGACUGAAUAAGCUAUUCAAGUACGAAGGAAUCAAGUAUGGAGCUGGAAAUUUCGAGGAAGAGGAUAUGGAUAUUAUGGCACCACAAGGAGUGCCGAUGGCUCGAGAUGGAAAAAUAACAGAUGCUUUCAACGCGACGACUGUCGUGAAUGCCAAUUAUGGAGCCAUCGCACAAGAGGAUCCAACACAAGACGCUUACGAUAGGUACGUGUCGACGACACGUUAG